AUGAGUAACGAGGAGGAUACUAAGCAGCUUGCCCUCACCCUUCCCACUGUUGUCUUCCUCUGCUGCAUGGAAAUCGGCGGUGCUCCCUUCGGGGUGGAGCCAGCAGUGGGGGCGGUCGGCCCCCUCUUUGCCCUCCUCGGCACUCUCAUCUUCCCUUUCAUUGUUAGCGUCCCCUGCACCCACAUCACUGCCGAGCUCUCCUCCAUCGCCCCCGCCUUUCGAAGCCCCUUCUGGGGCUUCCUCAUCCGUUCCGUCAUAUACCUCAGCCGCGUCGUCGACCUCGCUAUCAGCACCGUCCUCUGCCACGAGUACCUUGAAAAAGUCUACCGCGGCCUGCCCCGCGCUCUCGUCCUCCUCCUCUUAACCCUCUCCCUCUCCUUCCUCAACUACAUCGGACUCCUCCGCCGAGGGCGCUACACCUCCGCAUGCCUCUUCCUCCUCCCCCUCUUCCUCUUCCUUGUCAUGUCCCUAAUAGCCAACCCCAAAAUCAGUAUCCAAAGAUGCUUUAGCACUGGGCAGGAAGGGGUGAAAAAAAACUGGAAUCUCCCCUUAACCACUCUUCUCUGGAAGUUCAGUUUCUGGAAAUUUGACAAUCCUUCCGCCAGAGAAAUGCUAACGGACAAACUCAAAGAGAAAUCUUUGCUCUUCAAAGCACACUUCAAUAUCUCCGUGACGCUCACCUGUUUUACUCAUGCAAUCCCUGUUGUAGCUGUAGCCGGUGCUCUUUCCGUGAACCAAGACGAGUGGAAAGAUGGGUUCUUCGUCAUCGCCGCUGAAAUGAUAGCUGGAAAAUGGUUACAAGACAUGUUCCAAAUUGCAGCCGCUUUGUCAACUCUUCAAGAAUAUGACGACGGGAUAACCAACUGCUCUUACCAGCUCGUGCGCAUGACAGAAAUGGGGUGUUUGCCCCAUUGCAUUGGGUUCCAUUCCAUACGAUUUCAUACUCCGUGGGUAGCGAUUUUGGUAUCCACCGGAUUGGCCACCACGGUUCUGUUUGUUGACUUCGAGUACCUGGUGGCAUUGGUGAGCUUCUUUGGAAGUUUCACAGCACUGUUGGAGUUAACGUUGUUUCUAUGCUUGAGAUGGAAGUCGCCGGAUCUGAAUCGGACGUUUCGGGUGCACAUGAGGAUGCCAGGACCGGUGGUGAUGUGUCUGGUUGUGUCUGUGCCUUACGUGCUCACGUUGGAACGCAAGAGAUACUAUGUUUUUCCGAUGAUGACUUGCGUGGCGUUUGCGGUCAUUAAACUGUUGUACCUUCUCAUGCAACACUGUAAGAAGAAGAUGUGGUUGAGAUUCACUGAUUCCGCAGAACAAGCUACAGGAGAAGAAGCGGGUGAGGUUCAGAUUUAUUACAGGGAUGAGACUGGUCCUGCUCCUGAUAUGCCAGCUGAUUCUAUCCAAGGUGGUCAUCAUUGCUAUGGCGACGAACCUGGUGAUUUUUCUGAUGAGCGUCUUGAUGGCGACCAAAGCGGGGGACCCAUAGGUUUCACGGAGAGCGAUAGCGGUGCCCUUGACUUCGACGGGUCCAGCCCUGAGGCUAUUCAGUUUGAUUUCGAAGCGUUUGAUGCAGAAGACGGAGAGGAUGAGGGCGGUGACGUAGCUCGCCAUGGCGCCAGGCCCCAGCCCUCGAGCCUCCCGGACAACCACCUCCCACCGGCAACAGAAGAAUUCUGGGUCAAAAUUGGCUUCGGCAGUGAGCCAACCGUUGGUUCCGGGGAGGAUGAGGAUGGAUUUGACGACGGUGGCGGUCUCGGGGCAGCCGCGUUGAUGACGGAGUGA